AUGAUGAGCUUUGUAGUUCUGCAACAUCUGGAGGACCCCAGAUUAUCCAGCCUUGGCCUGUAUGGAGUGACUGAAGUUCUCCAGGGCUUCAGGCAGGAGCCUUUCCCAGACCUGGAGCUGCUGGGGAUUGAACCUGGAGCCUUCUGCAUGCCAAACGCCUGCUCUGCCACUGAGCUAUGGCCCUUCCACUUUGCACAGCAUAGGUGGGCCACCUCACAAGGUUGGUUGAGAUUGCCAAACUCGGCCCAGGUGGCUUGCGAAGGGAUUGUGGGUCUGCCUUCAUUGUCCUCUACAAUUCUGUUGCCAUCCAGCCCCAACUCACAAGAUGCACAAGGGCUUUGA